UUUGCCACCUCCCUGUAGGCGUCUCUGUGGUUCCUGUUCCGGGUUGCGCGUACGGCGGCCGUGCGGGGUCCGGCAGCGCCAUGGCUGCGCACCUGAAGAAGCGAGUGUACGAGGAGUUCACCAAGGUGGUCCAGCAGCAGCAUGAAGACCUGUCCACUAAGAAGCUGCGGCUGACCAAGCCCAGCAAGUCAGCAGCUCUCCAUGUCGACCUCUGCAAAGCCACCUCGCCUGCAGAUGCCUUGCAGUACCUGCUCCAGUUUACCAGGAAGCCUGUGGAAGUGGAGAGCGUGGAAGGGGUUGUCAGGAUCCUGCUGGAGCAUUAUUACAAGGAGAAUGAUGCUUCUGUGAGACUGAAGAUUGCUUCCUUGCUGGGCUUGUUAUCCAAGACUGCAGGAUUUUCCCCAGACUGCAUUAUGGAUGAUGCCAUUAAUGCUCUUCAAAAUGAGAAGUCUCACCAAGUUCUUGCUCAGCUGCUGGACACUCUGUUGGUGAUUGGAACAAAACUCACAGAGAAUCCGCCUAUCAGGAUGAGACUGGUAGAGGUAGCCUGCAAGCAUCUGACGGAUUCUUCCCAUGGUGUAAGAAAUAAGUGUCUUCAGUUAAUUGGCUGCCUUGGACCAGUAGAAAAAGGUCUUGCAAAAGAAGGUGAAAGCCAGGCUGCCAAAGAUGUCCAGAAGAUAAUAGGAGAUCAUUUUAAUGACCAGGACCCUCGUGUUAGGACUGCAGCUAUAAAAGCCAUGCUGCAGCUUCAUGAAAGAGGAUUAAAAUUACAUCAGGCUAUUUACAGUCAGGCCUGCAAGCUGUUGGCAGAUGAUUAUGAGCAAGUGCGCAGUGCUGCAGUACAACUGAUUUGGGUCCUCAGUCAACUUUACCCUGAAAGCAUUGUCCCAAUUCCUUCUUCUAAUGAAGAAAUUCGCUUGGUUGAUGAUGCAUUUGGAAAAAUUUGUCAUAUGGUUAGUGAUGGUUCCUGGGUUGUUAGAGUACAAGCUGCUAAAUUAUUGGGUUCUAUGCAACAAGUUAGCUCCCAUUUCUUGGAGCAGACCCUUGACAAGAAGCUCAUGUCUGAUCUGAGGAGAAAGCGCACUGCGCAUGAACGAGCCAAAGAACUCUACAGUUCUGGGGAAUUUUCAAGUGGCAGAAAGUGGGGAGAUGAUGCUCCCAAAGAAGAAAUUGAUACAGGUGCUGUAAACCUGAUUGAAUCAGGAGCCUGUGGGGCUUUUGUUCAUGGCCUGGAGGAUGAGAUGUAUGAGGUUCGAAUCGCUGCAGUUGAAGCCCUCUGUAUGUUGGCUCAGUCCUCGCCUUCUUUUGCGGAGAAAUGCCUGGACUUUUUGGUUGACAUGUUUAAUGAUGAAAUUGAGGAGGUGAGAUUGCAGUCAAUACACACCAUGAGAAAAAUUUCCAACAACAUCACACUGCGGGAAGACCAGCUGGAUACUGUUUUAGCUGUCUUGGAGGAUUCUUCAAGGGACAUUCGGGAAGCGCUUCAUGAACUGUUGUGUUGCACCAAUGUUUCAACUAAAGAAGGCAUCCAUCUUGCACUGGUGGAGCUGCUGAAAAACCUAACAAAAUAUCCCACAGACAGAGAAUCCAUAUGGAAGUGCUUGAAGUUCUUGGGAAGCAGGCAUCCCACUUUGGUGCUUCCGUUAGUCCCAGAGCUACUGAGCACACAUCCAUUCUUUGACACUCCAGAACCAGACAUGGAUGACCCAGCCUACAUUGCUGUCCUCGUUCUGAUUUUUAACGCUGCUAAAAGUUGCCCAACAAUGCCUGCCUUGUUCUCUGAUCAUACAUUCAGACAUUAUGCCUAUCUUCGGGACAGUCUCUCGCAUCUGGUUCCUCCGUUAAAAUUGCCAGGUAGAAAGCUGGUGUCCUCCCCAGUCUCUCCCACUAUUACACCACAUGAAGAUCCUUCCCAGCAGUUCUUGCAUCAGAGCCUGGAGAGAGUUUACAAUCUUCAGCACCUCGACCCACAGGGCAUACAGGAGCUGCUGGAAUUUACCAUCCGUGACCUGCAGAGGCUUGGAGAACUGCAGUCAGAACUGGCAGGGAUGGCAGAUUUCACUGCAACUUACCUUCGGUGUCAGCUACUCCUCAUCAAGGCCUUGCAGGAGAAGCUGUGGAACAUGGCCGCUCCUCUGUACCUGAAACAGAAUGCGUUAGCAUCUGCUGCAGCAAAACAGAUCUUGGAAGAAACUUAUAAAAUGGAGUUCAUGUACAGCGGAGUGGAAGGUAGACAAGUGGUCAUCAUUCACCACAUGAGACUGCAGGCGAAGGCAUUGCAGCUUAUAGUGACUGCGCGUACCACUAGAGGAGUGGAACCCCUUUUUGGGAUGUGUGAAAAAUUCUUGCAAGAAGUGGAUUCCUUUCAGAGAUGUUUCAUCUCUGAGCUCCCCCAUAUGCAAGGCAGUUUUGUAGAUAAAUUGCUGGACUUAAUGCCCAGACUCGUGACAUCCAAGCCGUCAGAAGUGGUCAAGAUUCUUCAGACAACGCUGCGACAAAGUACCUUCCUCCACCUGCCUCUUCCAGAGCAGCUCCAUAGAGCUACUGCAAAUAUCAUUGAGCCUACUGGCGAAUCUGAUAACCCUCUGAGGUUUACGUCGGGGUUGGUAGUGGCACUGGAUGUUGAUGCAACUCUGGAACAUGUGCAGGAUCCCCAAGGAACCAUUAAAGUUCAGGUAUUGUAUCCAGAUGGACAAGCACAGCUAAUCCACCCUAAACCAGCUGACUUUCGAAAUCCUGGUCCAGGAAGGCACAGGCUGAUAACUCAGGUUUACCUCUCACACACAGCCUGGACAGAGCCAUGUCAGAUUGAAGUGCGGUUGCUGCUGGCUUUCAAUUCCAACAGGAGCAAGGCAUCUACUAAAAUUCCUAAGUCUGCCUGGAGUGAGAGCUUGGAGGCUCUUCCAUCAUCUGAAAACGGCAUUGAGGGGACCAUACCCUUCAGCAAACCUGUCAAAGUUUAUAUAAUGCCCAAACCUGCCAGACGGUGAAGUCUGUUGCUAAAAGAAAUAUAUUUAUGGGAUUGUUGGGUUACCUGAAAACAACAUGUUCUAAGAUAGUGAACCAAACCAAAACAGUUCUAUAAGAGAAGUUUGCCUUAAAAAUAAAGCUGCUGAAGAAUGACUGGUCUCCUCUGUUAAGCAGCAGAUAGACCAGUACAGGAGUUCUUCAGCUUGUUAACAAUAAUUUGCAGAAAAUGCAAGUUUUUCUAUAUUCAGUCAACAAAAUCAAGACAGUUCUUGGUCAGCAUUCCAGAAGUGUCUCAUUGGGCCAUAUCUUCAGCUUUCACUUAUCAAAAGUUUGUCUUCAAGGCCUCUAGGUUUCCUGCUACGUAUUUACUGAGGUAUUUACUAUGUAAAUGCUUAGGCAUAUAAGUCAGUGUUAUUUUUACAGUACUCUGAAAUGAAGCUAAGGAGUUUGGGAUUUUUGUUUGGGGUUUUAAUGUUUUAUUGGUUGGUUGGGUUUUUUUAAGUGUCUAACCUUGUAUUUGUGCUCUGGUACCUAAAUUGUUAGGAAAAAAAUUAUUCUGAAGUGUUGUUAUUCUUGUGUAGGAACUGCAUCUCAAAGUGAAAUGCCAGUUGCUGUAGGCCAAAUCCUGAGCAAUUUUACAUCCUGUAUUGCAGUACUGAAAUCAGUACAGUUUGGAGAAGAGCACAGGUUAUUCACGGUGCAGGGUGAGGAGGAACCUGUUGGUGCAAGCAGCAGAACUUUGUUAGCAAGACAUGGAAUUUAAUUGAGUUAUAGGAACAAAAAAAUAGGUUACUUUUUAAAUCCAGCUCUCCUGUUGCACAUUUUUAUGCCUUUGGGAACAGCGUGAUUAAAUGCUGUAGGUUGAAUAAUGAUAAACCCCAUCCCACUAAGUUUUAUGGAAUCUGUUUGCGUGGUGAGGCCUGAACCAGUCUUACCAAGAUGAGAAAGUCUCUUUAGUUUUUCAUUUCAGCGGCAGUUUUGGCAGCCAGAGUCUUUCUGAUGGGCUGAAGUAGCUGAACAAGCUCUCGGUUAAGCAGCAGUCAGGCAGCUCGUCAGCGUUCUUGUGAGACCGGAGUGCAGAGGGACAGGAACGUAAUAAAAUUAACAUGAUCCUUCUGGCAUUCCUGGUGAAAGCGUGUUUGUGCAUCGCUCUCAUGUGCAAGGCUUGAGCGGACUGAGGAACUGCCUGUGGUCUGUAGCAAUCCUUUGGUAGGAUUUUCUAGAAGCACUUAAUGUGUGAAACUUUGUAGGGCAGCAGCCAAAUGCUACCUUGUGUUCAUGAAUCAAUUGUUAAAAAAAAGGGUUUACUUUUAGCACGUAAACAAAGCAGUGAAGAAAUACUUUCCAGUUGCACAGAGAUGAGUGUAAAUAAUAACCCCUUUUGUGCUAUGUACAAUAAACCUGGAAAACUCGUGCUAAUACGUUUCCUCUUUAUUCAUAGAAUCCUAGAAUGAUUUUGGUUGGAAGGGACCUUAAAGAUUAUCCAGUUCCAAACUCCCUGUGAUGGGCAGGGACACCUCCCACUGGAUCAGGCUGCCCAAGGCCCCAUCCAACCUGGCCUUGAACACCUCCAGGGAUGGGGCAGCCACAGCUUCCCUGGGCAACCUGUGCCAGUGCCUCACCACUCUCAUGGUGAGGGAAUUCUACCUUAUGUCUAGCUUAAAUCUGC